CCUCGCGGUCGCUGGGGCGGUGCAGCUCCCUGGCGGGCCGGGAUUGGCCAGGACGGCCGCCGCUCACGGGUCGUGGGCAGGCAGCGGGCGAUGCUGCCGCGGAGCUUAGCCGGGGGAGGCCGCGCGGUGGCCGCUGCCGCUCGCGGCCAGGGGUCCGGCCGACUGUCCAGCUGCAACCGAUGCCAGAGGAUUCCUGGAGGCGGUGGCAUUCUUCACAGGCACCCUGCCUGGGUCCAAGUCUGUGAAGGCCGCAGAGAGCUGGGGAAGGAGGCAGGCUCCCAAGCAGGCACAGACAGCGCCAGGCAGUCCAGGUCCUCCCUGCCUGGUGGGCGCCCCUCAGAACCUUCACACCACCUGCCACCUGAGCUCCAGCCGCCCACAGACUGCUGCAUGAGCGGCUGCCCCAGCUGCGUGUGGGUGCAGUACGCAGAUGCGCUGCUGCACCACUACCAGGAUGGCGGGCAGCAGGCUCUGGCUGCCCUGGAGGAGCACGUGGCCGACGAGAACCUCAAGGCCUUCCUCAGGGUGCAGAUCCAGCUGCACAUGCGGAAUGGAGGCUGAGCUGGCCUGGCCCCACAUCCUUGCCCAGUAGGCUCCCACCUGCCAUCUCCACUCAGAAGGCAGCACAGCCUCCUUUGUUUUCAGCUCCCUUGUGGGGCUUGUGUCGGGAACAGAAGGAGCUAUUUGUUGACCCCUCCUGAGAAUAAACAAGUUCUCUGUGGUGUUUA